UUCGAGUGUUGUGUAGGCCGCAGUAAGUCACUUCCUUCCUCUCACAUUUGAAUAGAGUCACUGCAGUUCCUCUGAACGCAUCCAGACUCCGAAGCAGCCUGAAGCCCAGCGUCCGUCUGCAGGUGAUUUAUCGAGACAGGAGAAGAUGGCAGGCACAUCACACAUCCCAGCGGAGGAGAUGGAGGAACUGAGAGAGGCCUUCAGUAAAGUGGAUGUGGAUGGUAACGGUCACAUCUGCACCAAUGAGCUGACCGAACUCUUCAAGGCGGCGAACCUACCUCUGCCAGGAUAUCGUGUGCGUGAGAUCGUUCAGGAGCUCAGCAGGACCAUGGACCUCAACCAGGACGGCAAGAUCACCUUCGACGAGUUUGCCAAGGUGGUCCAUGACCUGAAGAGCUCAGAAGUGGCCAAGACCUUCCGUAAGGCCAUCAAUAAGAAGGAGGGCAUCUGUUCAGUGGCCGGAACCUCAGAACAGUCUGGAACGCAGCACUCGUACUCCGAGGAGGAGAAGGUGGCGUUCGUGAACUGGGUCAAUAAAGCACUGGAGAAGGAUCCGGACUGCCAGCAUGUUCUUCCCAUGGAUCCCAGCUCCAACGAUCUGUUCACCGCGGUGGGAGACGGCAUCGUGCUCUGUAAAAUGAUCAACCUGUCUGUGGCGGACACUAUCGACGAGAGAACCAUCAACAAGAAGAAGCUGACGCCCUUCACCAUCCAGGAGAAUCUGAACCUGGCUCUGAACUCGGCCUCCGCCAUCGGCUGCCACGUGGUGAACAUCGGAGCAGAGGACCUGAAAGAGGGCAGGCAGCAUUUAGUGCUGGGUCUCCUGUGGCAAGUCAUCAAAAUCGGCCUGUUCGCCGACAUCGAGAUCAGCAGGAAUGAAGCUCUAAUCGCUCUGCUCCGGGACGGAGAGAGUCUGGAGGAUCUGGUCAAGCUGUCUCCUGAAGAGCUGCUGCUGCGCUGGGCCAACUAUCACCUGGAGGAGGCCGGCUGUCCCAAGAUCAACAACUUCAGCUCCGACAUCAAGGACUCCAAGGCCUAUUACAACAUCCUGAACCAGGUGGCACCCAAAGGAGACGAGGAGGGCAUCCCGCCCAUCCCCAUCGACAUGUCUGGGAUCCGGGAGAAAGAGGACCUGACGAGAGCCGAGUGCAUGCUGGAGCAGGCAGACCGCCUCGGAUGCCGUCAGUUCGUCACGGCCACAGACGUGGUGCGAGGAAACCCCAAACUCAACCUGGCCUACGUGGCCAACCUCUUCAACAAGUACCCAGCUCUGAAGAAGCCCGAGAACCAGGACAUCGACUGGAGCUCCAUCGAGGGAGAGACCAGAGAGGAGCGAACCUUCAGGAACUGGAUGAACUCACUGGGUGUCAAUCCACGUGUCAAUCAUCUCUACGUGGAUCUGGCCGAUGCUCUGGUGAUCUUCCAGCUCUAUGAAAAGAUCAAGGUUCCUGUGGACUGGGACAAAGUCAACAAACCACCGUAUACCAAACUGGGCAGCAACAUGAAAAAGCUGGAGAACUGUAACUACGCAGUGGAGCUGGGGAAGAAGGAGGCUAAGUUCUCUCUGGUGGGAAUUGCUGGUCAGGAUCUGAACGAAGGCAAUCGGACACUGACGCUCGCUCUGCUCUGGCAGCUCAUGAGGAGGUACACACUCAACAUCCUGGAGGAUCUGGGUGACGGACAGAAGGUCAACGACGACACCAUCGUGACCUGGGUUAACGACGCUCUCACACAGGCCGGCAAAGGCACCAUCAGUGGCUUUAAAGACGGAUCCAUAAGCAGCAGCAUGCCGGUCCUGGACCUGAUUGACGCCAUCCAGCCCGGCUCCAUCCGCUACGACCUUCUCAAGACAGAAGACCUGACAGACGAGGAGAAACUCAAUAAUGCAAAGUACGCGAUCUCUAUGGCGAGGAAGAUCGGCGCGCGGGUGUACGCGCUGCCGGAGGAUCUGGUGGAGGUCAAGCCCAAGAUGGUGAUGACGGUGUUCGCCUGCCUCAUGGCUCGAGGAAUGAGACGAAUCUAGAAGCGCAGGAGUUUACGCCUGCUUUUAUAUUUCAUUCAUGUUUUAACGUUGUUGCUCAGUUAUUGGGUUCCCACCAUCACGCAGAUAUCAUGAAAACGACAGAAAGUUCUACUGAGAAAAUAAAGAAACAUUUCUUGACACUCAGAUGAAUAAUAAAAUAAAUCAGUUAAUACAAAAUAUAUACAUCAAUAUAAAUGACAUGAAAAUUCACUAAAACCCUGAAUGAUGCGCUUGUCUUCAUUAACCUCAGGCUAACCGGUGUUACAGCAAAGGUCAAAGGUCAUGUCUGUUUGUGUCUUCGAGCACUGUGUGCGUACUUGGAAAACAAGCUCAGCCCGGUUUUGCUUUUGUUGUUCAGAUACUUCAGCCUACAAAUGUUAAUAAACACAUGGUCAGUCUCUGAAUCUGAUGUACAUGUUCAAAUAAAAAACAUUUUUUAACUCGA